UGGCCUCUGGGACAGAAAAGGAACCGGAGGUGGUUGGUCAGGAACACCCAGAGCCACCGGUUCUUGGAAUCGGUGACUCCGGGGAUGGGAAUGGCAACCGGAAUGUCCAGUGAGUGUGGGGUGCAGGGCUCUGCCAGGACACCGAGGACACCGGGGCUGUAAAGUCCCUCCCCAGGACACGCUCAGAGCCCCGUCAUGGCCAUGAGGAGCCUGUGGUGGCCCCCGCGCCAGGGGGAACCAGGCAGUGGUCCCAGGACACCGGGCAGCUGCCUGAGGAACCGGGAAGUGGUCCCAAGACACCGGGGAGUCUCCCCGGGGUACCGGACAGCGGCCCCAGAGCACAGGGAAGUGCCUGGGCAGUCGGGAAGCAGCCCUGGGGUACCGGGCAGCCUCCCCGGGCACGGGGUAAUAGUCCCAGCCUGCCCGGGAAGCCGAGCCCCGCCCGGUACCGGCAGCUCCCGGAGCUCGAGGUCCCGCCCCGCCCCACCCCCGGCGACUCCGGGCUAAGCUCCGCACCCUCCGCCCUUAUCUCCGCGAGCCGACACCGAGCGCGCCGGCGGUAUCGGCGGCAGCAGCCCUGGGCGGGGCACUGGGGUCCCGGCCCCACCGGACCCGGCCCUAGCGGCCGCUCUCUCCGAGCUCGGGGCGGCCGCCACCCUCCUCCCCCCCGCGCCCACCGUUACCGAGCCGCCGCCGGGGCCGGGGCCGCGAUACCGGGCUCGUCCCGCCGGGGCCGGGCCGGGCCGGGGCCGCUCCCGCGUCGCUACGGCAACCGCGCCCCCCGCCCGCCAGCCGGCCAAUGGCAGCGCGGGGCGCCUCGCACGGGCCAAUCAGCGCCCGUUCAGGGCGGGACUAAGCGGCGCGGCGGGACGGGGCGGCGGAGGGGCCAGAAAGGCUGGACGCGGCCGGGGCGGGGCGGGGGAGCCCCGGGGGGACCCCCCACCUCCCGGAUGCUUCGCUGACCCCCGGGCGCUGCCGGUCGGUGCGGCACCUGCGGCGGGCCGUGGGCUCCCAUGGAUGUCACGCAGCGUCCCCGGACACCCCACUGUACCCCACGGGGUCCCACCUUGUUCUCUGACUCCCCGGACACCCCACGGUGCCCCAUAGUGCCCCACGGGGUCCCACCGCGUGCCCUGGCACCCCGCGGGAUCCCAAAGUGUCCCCAAGUACCCCACAGUGUCCCUCGCACGCCCCUGGCACCCCACCGUGUCCACUGGUGUCAUGGAGCAGCCCGUGGCAUCCCACAGUAUCCCACGGGGUCCCACGCUGCCCCUCAGCACCCCACGGGAUCCCAAAAGUGUCCCUAAAAUCCCCAGAGUGUCCCACGCUGUCCCCAGCAUCCCACCGCGUCCCACUGUUCCACGGAGUCCCACAGUGUCCCACGGGGUUCUACAAUAUCCCAGGGGUCCCACCGCGUCCCGUGGCACCUCACAGGAUCCCAAAGCGUCCCUAAACGCCCCACAGACUGCCACGCAGUCUCUUGGCAUCCCACAGCGUCCACUGGUGUCCCACGGAGUCCCGCAGGGUCCCAGGGAGUCCCCGGGACAGCGCACCGCGGUGCUGAGCCCCACCGGCGCCGGCCUCCCCCGUGUCCCCCCUCCCAGACCCACGGCAGCCCCGCCGCCGGUGUCCGUGCCCGGGGAAGGCCGGGGGCAGCCCCGCCGGGCGGGAGCGGGAAGCGCCGGAGCCGCCCCGUCGGGGCCGCCGGGAUUGCGGCGCUGCGGGCAGCACGUCUCGGCCCGGCCCGGAGGGGACCGGGGCUGCGGGACCCCGGGGGCGCGAGGGCGCGGCGAGCCCCGCUGGGACCCCCGAGGCCGCGGGGAGCCGCCGGCUGAUGUCCCGGGGAGGCCGAGGGACACGGGGGACACCGGGAGGGACACCGAGGAAAGCACGGGGACACGCGAGGAACACCGGAGGGGACACGGGGGGACACAACGGGGGAUCCACCGAGGUGACACCGCCGCGGGCUCCCCGGUGCGCUCGUCGGGGGCAGCCCAGGUGCACCCAGGGGAGGUCCCGGUGCCGGUGCAGGUCCCUCCCAUCCCGCUGGGCGCGGAGCCGCCAGGAACUGCCCCGGGUUUUCCUGCCCGUCCCGUCCCAUCCCGUCCUGUCCCGGUGGGGAGCGGGGCCGGGCGCGGCCAGGGGACCCCGGCCCGGUAUCGGUUCUGCUUUCGAGGGAGGCGAUUUCGCAGUAACGGGGGGCGGGAGCCACCUGCCCCGGGGAUUCCCCACCUGCCGCCGCCCCAUAAGUACCCGGUGGCAGCGCCGGUGGCGGCAUCGACCGGGAACGACCGGGAAUGGCUUCGCUCCGCCGCCUCUGCCUCUGUCUCUGCCUCCCGCUGCUGCUGCCGCCCGCGGCUCCGGCCCCGACCCCGGCCCCGGCGUCCGGCACCGACUGGGCCGCCUGUAAGAUCCUCUCCCGGGACCUGUCGCGGCUGCUGGCGACCGUCAAAGAACCGCACCCGGUGCUGGAGGAGAUGCAGCUGAGCGAGGAGGACCCCCAGAACUGGCCCCCCCGGAUCCUCUGCAGCGACGCCUGUGACCCCCCCACACUGGACACCAACAACACGCGCUGCCUGCACCGGAUCCUCCAGGCGCUCCAGCACUACCGGGACCUGCUGGGCUCCGACAUCUUCAGGGAGCAGCCCCAGCCCCAGCUGGAGACCACGAUGGACCAGCUGCUGGGCCUCGUCCAGCAGGAGCAUGGCCACCCCCCCCGGCACCCCAUGGACCCCAGCAACAACUGGUCCCACGGGCUGCUCCGGCACCUGGCCCUGAACCGGCUCCGCUCCUUCGCCGCCGUCAUGAGCCGCGUCUUCACCCACAGCGCCAGCGCCCGCUGAGCCCCAGGGCCCCCCACCCCCCUAUUUAUUGCCUCCCUCUCGAGGGGUUAUUUAUGUACCGCGCUCCCUAUUUAUCUCGGGUAUUUAUGAGUUUCUAAUAAAGCUCUGGAGGAGA